GGUCCUAGUGCCGGCUCCUCCCUGCUAGUGUGCCGGGUUCUGUCGGUGAGUGGAUCUGCCGCUGGAGCCACGGAGUCAGCCCAAGUCCGUUCAGGUAGGAAACGCCGGCCUGGAAUCCCCAGGGACCAUCGAGCGGCCUCAGCACGGACCCAAUACGAGCAGGCCUCAGUUUCCCUGUGUGUGCUGAGGGCGGAUGGGGCUGGCCGGGCGCGAGCAACGCGGGCGGGGCGAAGGAGUGCGACCCCGGGAGGGCUCAAGCCGACGACAAGCCCAGCGGGUCCUAGAACCCGCCGGCUGCCCUGCGAGACGGCUGCUACGAACGCUUGGGCUUGGCUGGUGCGGCUGCCCGCCUUGCGCAGUGCGGGCCCAGGGGUCCUAGAGAACGCCAAGUUGUGGGCUUUUGUCCCAGGCGCGCUGCCGGCCUGGCGAAUUUCCUUGUGCCUGCGGGCCCCCUUCCACGGUUAGGUCCUCGCCGCCACUUCCGCGGUCCUAGCGAACGCCAUUUGCAGGCCUUUGUCCUGCGUCCGGUGCCCGGUCCAUUCAUUUGUUCAUUCUUUCAUUCUUCGUUCAUUCUUUCUUGCCACAUUCUCGAGACAGUGUUUUCCCAGGAUUUAUUCCGAGACGAGUCAGUCCAGGGCCCUGCCCUGCGGGGUUGUCUGUCUGGCGGAGGCACCAACAUCUAGACGGUUGCCGGGAGCUAGAAGCGUAGGGUUUUUCCAACUCUCAGCCCCUGCUCAGCACGUCUCGUAGGCUCUAACACCCUUCAGACUCUCACAUACCCCAGAGACCCCUAUUUUACUGAUACGAAAACUGAGACCCAUGGACUCUACAGCCUGUGAAGGAUUCUGAGGGCAUUAGGGAAGCGGGUAUUCGAAGGAUGCAAGAGAGUUUUUCCCAGGGGAGAAGGCAAGCAAGGGCUCCCGAGGCAGAGGGAGCUGCAUGUGGAGAUGCAUUUAGAAAAGCCCUGUCCAUCAAGGCCAUGGAGGUGGAGUCUGCGGAGGCCCGGUCCCCAGGCCCUGGCUACAAGCGCUCUGGUCGCCGCUACAAGUGCCUGUCCUGUACCAAGACGUUUCCAAAUGCACCCAGGGCAGCGCGCCAUGCUGCCACACAUGGGCCUGUAGACUCUGCAGAGGAGGUGUCUGAGGUGAAGCUGAAGCCGGAGGCAGAACCCAAAACAGAGGAUGCCAGUGGGGACAAGAUGUCAGGUACAACGGCUAAGCCUCGGCCCUAUGCAUGCCCGUUGUGCCCCAAGGCCUACAAAACGGCACCCGAGCUGCGCAGUCACGGACGCAGCCAUACGGGCGAGAAGCCUUUCCCAUGCCCCGAGUGCGGCCGCCGCUUCAUGCAGCCCGUGUGCCUGCGUGUGCACCUAGCCUCGCACGCUGGCGAGCUGCCCUUCCGCUGCACCCACUGCCCCAAGGCCUAUGGUGCGCUCUCCAAGCUCAAAAUUCACCAGCGGGGUCACACUGGCGAGCGGCCCUAUGCCUGCGCAGACUGCGGCAAGAGCUUCGCUGACCCUUCCGUGUUCCGCAAGCACCGGCGCACACAUGCUGGCCUGCGGCCCUACGGCUGCGAGCGCUGCGGCAAGGCCUACGCCGAGCUCAAGGACCUGCGUAACCACGAGCGGUCCCACACCGGCGAGCGCCCCUUUCUCUGCUCGGAGUGCGGGAAGAGCUUCUCCCGCUCGUCCUCACUCACGUGCCACCAGCGCAUCCAUGCGGCUCAGAAGCCCUAUCGCUGCCCUGCCUGUGGCAAAGGCUUCACGCAGCUCAGCUCCUACCAGAGCCACGAACGCACUCACUCCGGCGAGAAGCCCUUCCUAUGCCCACGCUGCGGCCGCAUGUUCUCCGACCCCUCAAGCUUCCGGCGCCACCAGCGGGCCCACGAGGGCGUGAAGCCUUACCGUUGCGAGAAGUGCGGCAAAGACUUCCGGCAGCCGGCUGACCUGGCCAUGCACCGGCGGGUGCACACAGGCGACCGGCCGUUCAAGUGCCUGCAGUGUGACAAGACGUUUGUGGCGUCCUGGGACCUCAAGCGCCACGCGUUGGUGCACUCGGGCCAGCGGCCUUUCCGCUGUGAGGAGUGUGGACGAGCCUUCGCCGAGCGAGCCAGUCUCACUAAGCACAGCCGGGUGCAUUCGGGUGAGCGGCCCUUCCACUGUAAUGCCUGUGGGAAGUCCUUUGUGGUCUCGUCAAGCCUGAGGAAGCAUGAGCGGACCCACCGAAGUAGUGAGGCCACAGGAGCUCCCCCGCAACAGGAGCUGGUAGUGGGACUGGCACUGCCUGUCAGCGUGGCAGGCGAGGGCUCAGUGGCCCCGGCAGCAGGUGCAGGGCUAGGGGACACUCCAGCAGGGCUGCUUGGGCUACCCCCGGCAUCAGGUGGUGUAAUGGCCACCCAAUGGCAGGUGGUGGGCAUGACGGUGGAGCAUGUGGAGUGCCAAGAUGCUGGGGUUGGAGAGGCUCCUGGUCCCUUGGAAGGGACUGGCGAGGCAGGGGGUGAAGAGGUUGACGAGAAGCCACCACAGUUUGUGUGCCGGGAGUGCAAGGAGACCUUCUCUACGCUGACAUUACUGCGACGGCACGAGCGUUCACACCCAGAGCUCCGGCCCUUUCCCUGCACCCAGUGCGGUAAGGGCUUCUCAGACAGAGCUGGGCUGCGGAAGCACGGUCGCACCCACAGCUCUGUGCGCCCCUACACCUGCCCUCACUGUCCCAAAGCCUUCUUGAGUGCCAGCGACCUGCGCAAGCAUGAGCGCAUUCACCCUGUGCCCACUGGGAGCCCCACACGUCUUGAGCCCCUUGUGGCUUUGCUAGGAAUGCCUGAGGAGGGGCCAGCCUGAGGCCCAUGCCCCCUCAGCCGCGCUCCCAGGAGCCCAGCCCUCACAAGUCGUCUCCUAAACCUCCUUUUGCCCAGCUUACUCUGUAGACUCCAGAUCCCUGCCCCCCAUGCAGCUAGUUCACUUUCCUAACAAAGAGAGCUAGGGACAGUGGAGGCUGGCAGCAGCUGCUGAGAGACGUGGCUCCUCUGAGCAAUACUCAUUAAAGCAUUCACUUUGA